AUGAGGCUCCGUCUGCUCACCCCCUGCCCGCUUCACAGCGGUCGCUCCCGCGUGGCUAAUGCGGCCGUUGCGGCUCCUGUUGCUGGGGCUGCCAGUACGCAGCGGCGCUUUCAAGGGCGAAUUCCGAACAAGGGAUACCGCCAGCAGCCGACGGUGCCUGAUCGCCUGAAGGACGCCAUGUCUCUUUUCGGUGCAGAUGCGCACAACGUGACGCCAGACGAUCCUCCUUACGUGCCGGAGGAGCAGCGGAUGCACAUGACAAAGGAGAUUAUGGGCAGCAACCAGUACAUGAAGAACCAUUCAAGGUUGGAUCGACUGCGGGCCGCGCUGGACGCUGUACACAACGAGGGUCCUGAUCACGAAGGAUGGAAGGAAGUGUACCUCUUUCUUCGCACGACUGAGAUGUGCUGCGAACUGCAAAAGGAUCCGACAGACGUCUUCCCCAAGGGCAAGAAGCUGUGGAUCAACUUAGAUGAAUGUGAGGAGAGACGACUUCCUGAGCUGAUGCAGAUGCCAAAUGGAAUGCUCGUGUUGCCAAUCUUUUCCAUGGAGGAGUAUCUUGACCACUACUUCUCUCGUGUAGAAGCGUUCGAGUCGUGUUGGUUCCCUAUUCCGAGAAUGGGCACUCGCUAUGAGGAGUUCUGUAAGUUGCCAUUCCCCGUUGCGGCCGUUGGUGGCAUGCAGCACUUCAGUGCGCUUGCGACUGUUGCGCUUCAGCCCUCGCAAUUCGGUCUUCUCGUCAACCCUGGUCAGCGCACCAGUAAGUUUAUCACGUACCCAGAAAUGGUGGAGCUCGCGAGGCAGAAAAGCAUGCGCCCCAAGGAUCGAAGCACCGAUAUGAAACGCAAAAAUGGCGAUAUUGAGGAGGAUUUGUUCGAGCGGAGCUUUCGCUGUGGGUUUGACACGCGUAAACUUACUAUGCAGCGCGUAGAGCCGUCUCGGGUGUUGGAGCUGCUGCGCAACCGCCCAAAGAUACCACCAGUGGCACAGUUGGAGCUCCAUCUCCUUUUAUUUGCGUAUGAGGCCAUCUCCAAGGUCUUUGUACGCACAGUGGAUACCCCACGCUGGCGACGCGUGUUUGGCGCCACUGAGAAAAUGACUCAGAUUGAUGUCGUCUUCGAUGGUGGGAAGCCCGAUCGGGAUAUCUUUGAGAGCAUCAAAAAGUGGAGCUUUAUGGCCGAGUUCAAUUCAAACGUACACAUUGAGUUCACAAAGAAGGUUCCAGAGGCGAGAGAAGAUGAUGGUAUGAUGGUUGUGUAUGACUCCGCUGACGGGCAACUUCUGCGUAGCAUGAAGGCCUUCCGAGGCGUCACCCUUCGACGGGCAAUAGGCUACGAUGAACCUCUUCUUGACGCACACGGUAACCCAACGUCCUUUACGGCCCGCGAGUGA